AAGUCUUGGAGCGGGCGAGAUCUCGCGAGAACUUCGGGGGGAACAGCUGGAAUGUGUGGGCGCGACUUGUGCAGUGACGUCGAAGACGUACGCGUAGAUCUUAAAGAAGAGACGACUGACUGGCAGAUUUGUGGCAGUGAACGAGUUAACCUUCCAACCCCCUCUCUUCCUGUCUCCAGAGAGGCUUCAGCCUAGAAACAGAAGCACAUUCCUGGCUGGCUGCGUGUCUCUUUAAGAAGAGGUGGCAGCUUGUCUGCUGGAGGAACUGCUUGCAACUGGCAGUGUAAGAGCCGGAGGGCGGUUUAUCGGACACUGCAUUGCAGAAUCCAGUCUGUGAGUACAGUGCCAUGGACAGCACUUUCCUGCCUUAUGGUUCAUAGACACUGGUGCUGAAUGAGUCCGACUGAAUUCCAGAUGAAUGGCACUCCAGCAAAGUGCCUAGUGACCUUGUUUCGAGCCGUACAACCACAUGUAUGACGUGAGACAAUCACCUGUGUACCCUUGCUGACUAUGCACCUACCUCUGAUUGGGACCCUGCUAGUGACUUUGUCACACAAUGAAGCAUUGCUGUAUUAGGGGCUGUGUGUGCGGUAUGACUAGCUCUCCUGCUAUGGCCUUCUUGCCCAGCUUGUUGCGUAGGGGCAAUAUGCUAUCUCCUAGACUUCAGAACUCUAGGUGCCACUCGUCCACUUCAAAUACCCAGCGUCUAAGGGUCCUGGUGGACAUGGACGGGGUGCUGGCGGACUUUGAGGGGGGCUUUUUGAAGAAGUACAGAACUCGCUACCCCAACGAACCUUUCAUUGGGCUAGAGGACCGCCGAGGAUUUUGGGUCUCUGAGCAGUAUGGAAACCUAAAGCCUGGGUUAUGCGAAAAAGCCAUUAGUAUUUGGGAAUCAAAGAAUUUCUUUUUAGAGCUGGAACCUCUUCCUGGCGCGGUGGAGGCAAUGAAAGAAAUGGCCAACUUGGAAAACACUGAUGUCUUUAUAUGUACCAGUCCCAUCAAACGUUACCAGCACUGUCCUUAUGAAAAGUACGCGUGGGUGGAGAAGCACCUCGGGCACCAGUUCAUGGAGCAGAUCGUUCUGACCAGAGACAAAACUGUGGUGUCUGCAGACCUCCUAAUUGAUGACCGGCCUGAUAUUAUUGGUGCUGAGCCGAAUCCCACCUGGGAGCAUAUUCUCUUCACUGCCUGUCACAACAAACACCUCCAGCUCGCUCCCCCCAAUAGAAGGCUUCCAACUUGGAACCAUGACUGGAAGAGCAUCCUGGACAGUAAAAGAGAGCAGUCCCCAUGAAACAUGACUGUAAGAACUGUAGGUUGGCCCAAUCAGAACACUCCAUUCUGCACAGCCCACACACACCAUUGUCUUGUUUUUCAGGGAAACAAUCCACCCACUGUUGUCUUGUAUGAACAGGUGCUUUAUGCAUGGAGUUUCCCAGUUUGGACCUAAACAUAAAUAGUGCCAGCUAGGUUC